ACGUGGAAAGGCUGAACAGAGGCAACAAAGAAGAAGAAGCGGCUUCCUGCAGCCAGGCUGAAGGAUUACAUUAGCAUCCGUGGCUACUUUGCUGCAGCUCAUGACGUCCUCACAAAUCCACUUGCUGCACACCAGCCCACCUGGCCGUGCUCCUCCUCUUGCGUUCUGCUCUCGCCGGCCUCCUGACCUCGUUGCAGAGUCCAUACCCAGACUCCAGACUCCAGACUGCAGACUCGGAAGGAGGCCGUGUUUGUCUUUGAAAGUCGAGCUCAGACCUGCGGAGGACGCUUGUUUCUACUUGCAGGUCACACUGCCAGCUGCACGCCUACUGACACGUGUUUGGGUGCACCGCAGAAAGGCCGCCAUGCCGACCGCCAGGGGCAAGAAGAAGAGGCCCAAGAAGGAGCCCAACGGAGGGGAGGAGCGUGUAGAAGUGGCCAUGGACGUGGACGUGGAGACGCAGGACAUGACCCACAAGAGCAGCGACACGCUGACCCCUGACCUCCCGGAUGUGGCGCCACAGAAGAAGAAGAAAAAGAAGAGGGCCUCUGCGAUUGAUCAGGAAGGCGAGCACGCUGACACGCCAAACGGCACCACAACAGACGCUGUGGUGGACGAGGAGGAGGCCACCGUCUCCGUGACCAGGAGGACAAAAAGGAAGAGGAAGGUGAAGUCCACGGAGCAUCGCAGCAACGACCUUGGGGCAGAGGAUGACGACAUUGUCACGGACGCCCCGACGCCCAUCCCCCAGCAUUCCCUCUUCUCCGCCCCCCACGGACACAGCCAGCCUGUCGGCAGGGGCUUUGUGGAGAGGAACAGGCGUUUCCAGGCAGAGCGAGUGGACCAGUUUCGACAUUCUGAGCACACAGACGACUACCUGGAGCCCAGACAGGUGUGGACCACCAGAGACGUCGCCAUGAAGGUCCACAGCAGCUUCAGGGUGCUGGGCCUCUUCUCCCAUGGCUUCCUGGCAGGCUACGCGGUGUGGAACAUCACGGUGGUGUACGUGCUGGCGGGCGAUCACAUGUCCACGCUGGCCAACCUGCUGCAGCAGUACCACUCGCUGGCCUACACCUCGCAGUCUCUGCUCUACCUGCUGCUUGCCAUCAGCACCGUGUCUGCCUUCGACAGAGUGAACCUGGCCAAGGCCUCCAUGGCUCUGAGAGGCUUCAUCACCUUGGAUCCCGCAGCUCUGGCCUCCUUUUGUAAGUCACACACGACGACGACAGCAGCACCAGCAUUCGUGUACGGCGUUGCCUCACUACAUCGCCCAUUGGCUGUUUGGCGUAUGAAGGCGCAUUGUGUUGUGGUGUAUCAGAGCAUCUAUCAGUGCUCUGUUGUAUGCGUCUGUUAUUGUAUCUUAUUGCUACUGUGUUGUAUACUCAUGCUGAAGACGUCUCAGUGUGUGUUUACGUGCCCGUACCAGCGUGUUGGACAACACAGCCACAACAGUCCUUAUUGUCUGAGGGAGAACCCACCCAUUGCUUUCUGCGUCCCGAUUGGCUGUAGACAAUUGUCAAUCAGUCUCCUUAGUCGCUAGCAAACUGGCUAGUGGUGCCAAUAAACAAUGGAAGAAGAAGCUAAGCGGCUAAAUGAAUGUCCGGUUCAAGGAGUGGUACGAGGAGGAGGACGACGGCAGGAGCAACACGUUUUAACAAGGAUACAAAAACACUACAGCCCAACGGCGCCAGGACGAGGCACGGUCAGAGGAGUGAAAUGCGUGCGAGUCACUUCAUCAUUUCAGUUUUCAACCUAUUAGACGGAUCAUUACAAUUCCAACGAAAUUUGAAGAGAGAAAUGUGAGAAAAUGGUAACGCCUGUCUGAGAAAAGUGAGUGACGUGUAUGGGGAGGGCCGUAAAACAGCCUAGAAACACACACAACUAGAGAAUGCAGAAUUGCAAAUGCAGAAGCUUCAGUGAAAUAUUGUAGAAUGGUUGAAUUUUGAAAUGUAGAAUGACUGCAGGAAUAUUUUGGAGGAUGAGCCGAAUCCGAGCUGAAAUGGUGUUGAAAUGUAUGAAUGUUGAAUGAAGGUAGAAAUGAGUGGAAGUGGAGAAAGAAUUGGAAAAAACGGUAAUGCGGAAUUGUGCUGAGAUGUAAAAUGAACAGAGGAAGAGUUUGAAUGCUAGCAAUGCUAGCAUGCUAACCUUAAAAUGGUAACACCUAGCAUAAUACUGCUCAGUGUUGAUAUAUGUGACUAACCAUGAAAAUAGCAAAAAAUGUUAGUAUGCUACGCUAACAUUAGCAUGUUAGCAAUGCUAACACGUUUUCAUAAUUGGAAUGUUUGAAGGCGUUGGAAAAUGUAGAAACUGUGGAUGUUUGACAAAUGGCUCGUUCAUUUUCAAUGGGAAUAUUUUGUGGACAUUUUAGAAUUUUGGGAAAUGUGGAAAUUUGAGAAACAUGGCGAAAAGGGAGCACACGUUACGUGAAUCAGUGUAACAUUUUUGUGUUUAAAUAUUUGGAACAAAUUGAAAAAUGUGGCCUGUGGAAGUGGCCGAAAAACGAGACGGAAUAAAAAGAAGAAUCGGUGCAGCAUUUUAUAUGAUAUUAUUUAUAUUAUUGUAUUGUAUAUUGUUAGAUUAUAUUAUUUAUGUAUAAUGCCUUGGAAGGCAUUCACACGAUAAUUGCAAAUAAAUAAAGUUGGCUACUU